AUGUGGAGAAGUCUAAUGGUCAAAGAGCAAAUGAUUGAACGCAAACCAACAGUCGCACUUCAUGCGGUCAUAGCAUACUGCCAGCGAUUCGCAACCAACUGCAGAUCACCAAAAUCGAAACGCAACACAGAAUUUCUGACGGCACAGGAAUAUGAAAAUGCACUGAAAACCCUUGUUCGCCUUUCUCAACAGGCAGUAUUUCAAGCGGAACUUCAAUAUAUGCAGGGCAAAGAAAAAGGUUCGCUUGAGGGAUUUCAGUUAAAAUCGUCGAUCAAGGACCUUAACCCAAGUCUAGAUUCUGGCCUGCUACGAGUGCAGGGCCGUAUUUCCAGAUCGCCAGGAAUAUACGACAGCCGUUUCCCGAUGAUAUUGCCGGCAAAUCAUCAUCUCUCUAAGUUGAUCGCUAAAUCGAUUCAUCACCAAACGCUCCAUUCGGGACCAACGCAGCUCCUUGCCAUCAUCAAGCAGCGCUUCUGGCCAGUUCGUGGUAGGGAUCUUGCUCGAAGGACAGUUGGCCAGUGCGUGACAUGCUUCCGCUGCCGUCCAAAAACAAGCGACCAGUACAUGGCACCACUACCUCCAGUUCGCAUUACGACUGCAAAAGUGUUCGAGCAUACGGGGCUGGACUACUGUGGGCCGUUUCUCGUUCGACAACUCGCGGGAAGAGGCGCUUCGGUAAAAGUCUGGGUAGCAGUGUACGGCUGUUUCGUCGUAAAGGCCGUGGUGCUAGACAUCGUCGCCGGGUUGUCAGCAGCCGCGUGUGUUAGUUCGUUAAGACGCUUCGUCAGCCGUGUCGGUCGUGUUCGCGUCAUACACUGCGAUAACAGCACAUCGUUCGUUGGCGCGAAUCGUGAAAUCAAGGAGAUGCGACAACAGUUCUUCGAACAAUUGAAGUCCAGCAAAUAA